AUGACAACAAAGGUAUGUACGAGUCAAAAAUUUGAAGUUUUUUCCUGGUUUGAAUAUACAGAACGAUACGUUUGUGACGCGAGUGUACACUUCGAGACCUGCAAACUAUAGUUCUUCUACAAUUUCGGCCGCCCGCUUCGAGAUUCAGGAUUCUGAUGGUUCCGCGAACUUAGCAGUUUUAGACAAGAAAAAUGGCAUUGGAAACGGUUUUCGACAGUAGGUUUCUAUUUUAUUAGAAUUAAAGGAAGAGAAGGAGAUCAUCACUUCCAAAAAACCAGUCUAUGCAUAUAUAUAUCUACAGAUAUAUACAAAUGUUAUCGGAUCAAUGAUAUCUGUUAUCAGUUUGCCGAAUUGUCCUCUUCCUUUCCGACUUUUCUCUUUCUUCCCAUAUCUCAUUAUCUUUUUCAACAGAAAAGAAAACUCACAUUUCCAUCUCAUCCACUCUCUAAAAAGUGUCUGGUGGCAUUUCGAAUGCUUCUCCUUUUUAUCCUUCUCUGGUUUUGGUGCUGAUUGUUGACACUGGAAUGACUGGAGGGGAGGGGAGCGUCUAUGCAAACAAACGUCUCUUCGGACACCCCCACCCCUCCGAAUGUCCAGUUCUUCGGCCUCAAGCCCAAUUGCCCAGUCCGGCCGAUUUUCAAAGAUCUUUCGUGUCAAAAAAGACCUCCUGAAGAUCAUACAUAUGGCUGUCUUUGUCCGGUUCACUUGUCAUUUUGUAAAAAAAAAGUUAGACAACAUCUGUUUCUUGUUCUGGUUUUACCAGUUAUCGCACUUCUGUGUCUAAAAGAGACCAAGGUGCUGACUAGGGACUCAAAGAUGUUGAAGCUGUUGAUCUUACAUCACUUUCUUAUUCAUUGUCCGGUUCAAGGUUCUAAACUGAGAAAGCUCUUCCUAAACUUCACAUUUUUCUUUCUUUCUUGCCUCGUUCUUCGAAUUUCAACGGAUGAUUUCCAGAUUCGUGUGGACUCUCGGCUUGGCGGUGCUUGUCAUGGCCGCACUUCUCUUGCUUCUCCUUUUAUUCACCUCUCCGUUUGUCCACUCGGAAUCUUUUGUGUGGCCGGCUCCAUCGGAUGCCAUCGAACGAAAGUUUGAGAAGGCUGCUUUGACGUCGGACAAUGCUGCGUGCUCUAAGAUUGGAGGGUGAGUUGCAAUUUUGUUGCGAAAUGUUUCAAAUGCGCUCAUUUGUAGAGAAAUUCUCCGAAAGCGUGGAAAUGCUAUCGAAGCCUCAAUUGCUUCCAUGUUCUGUUUGGGUGUAGUGAAUCCGCAAAGUUCGGGAAUUGGAGGAGGAUUCUUGAUGACCUUCUACGAUCAUGAAACGGGAAAUUGCUACUCUAUUGAUGCCCGUGAGACGGCCCCAGCUGCAUCUGAUCGUGACAUGUUCCUGAAUGACAGCGACGGGUCUAAGUACGGAUUUAAGGCGGCAGGUACCCCUGGAGAAAUUGCCGGAUAUUGGCAUGUGUUCAAAAAAUACGGAUCUGGAAAAGUGAGCUGGAAAGAGUUGGUGCAACCAUCGGUGAAACUGGCCAAAGACGGACACCCGGUCUCCCCGUACUUGGCCACAGUGAUGAAAGUGAAGGAACGACACUUCAGACUGUUCCCCAGUGUCAAGUAGGGCUAAUUGUUAUGCUUGCGUACAUGUUUACUGGUUUCAGACACUGGAUCAACCCGGAGACAAACGCCACGUAUCAGGCUGGUGACAUUCUGAAAAGGCCAAAAUUGGCAAAAACUUUGGAGAGACUUGGAAACUCUCCCGAUCCGGUUCAACUGUUCUAUCACGGUGAAAUGGCCAAAACUAUAGCUAGAGAAUUCCAGGAAGGAGGUUUGAUUGAACCAGAAGCUUUAGAAUUUCAUGAAAUACAACUUUAGGUGGACUUAUCACUGAAAAAGAUCUGGCGGACUACAAAGUGCGCGAGUAUGCCAACUCAAACUCAAAUGAUCACUUCCGAGGAACGCUGACUAUGUGCGGAGGACCUCCUCCGAGUUCUUUUGGAGUCACUCAACUAAUUGUUUCUGUAAUGAGCAGUAAGUUUCCAUGUUUUUCGAUACCAUAGAACCGUUUGUUUUCUUUCAGAGUUGUUCCCAGAAGGUCAUCACGACGACAUCUAUAACGAUCCACUGGUUCUUCACAAGUACAUAGAAGCCAUGAAGUUCGCCUACGCUCAAAGAACCCUUCUAGGAGACCAUGAUUACGUGAAAGACGCUCUGGAACUUUCGAAAAAUCUAACAACUCCUGAAUACACCCAAUGGGUCAUUGAUAGAAUGACGGAAAAAGCUCAGCCAUCAAAGAACUACGGUGGAAUUGCACAAUAUCAGCCACCAGAUCAUGGAACUUCUCACGUUUCGGCUAUGGAUCAGUAUGGAAAUGGAGUAUCAGUGACUACUACUAUUAAUAGAUGGUCUUGAAUUGUGUUUGCGUUUCAAUAAGUAGUUAUUUUGAAGGUUUGGAGCUUCCGUUGAGUCCACCGAAUACGGCAUUUUGUGGAACGAUGAGAUGGAUGAUUUCAGUACACCUGGCAUGGAGAAUGGGUAAAUUCGAACUGUUUUUUGAGCUCGAUAACAUUGCUUUUCUAGAUUUGGUUUUGCUCCCUCCGAAACCAACUUCAUUGAGCCUGGAAAGCGACCGAUGAGCAGCAUGAGCCCAAUGGUGAUCUUCGACCAGGUCACCAAGAAAGUCAGAAUGGUAAUUGGAGGAUCGGGAGGAUCGAAAAUCAUCUCAGCACUUGCCAAAGUAAUAUUAGCCACUCGCAAUUAUUACAUUAUACCUUUUCAAUUACUUUCCAGUCAAUUGUCCGAAGUCUCAUCUUCCACGAUUCGAUCAAAAAGGCGAUUGAUGCGCCAAUGAUUCACAACCAAUUCACGCCCGACAUUACGCAACUGGACGACGAAUUUCCGGAGAAUAUGAAGAUGAUCCUGGAGACGGAAUACCUGCAAAAGUUCAGAAAUACCACCGGAUUUGAAGGUAUCAUCCAGGGAGUCAACGUACUGGACAACGAAAUUUACGCUUGUGGAGACUAUCGGAGGAAGACCGAUCAAGAACCUGCCGGAUUUUAA